AAACAUGUCGUGAGGGCAUUUUUGCAGAAAAGACCUCUAGUUUCUCCCGACCAAACCCGCACUCCUUGUCCUCCUCCUCUGACAGAACCAGCAGCUGUGCUGCUCUCCGCCGCCGGAGCUUCGUUGCUCCCUGCCACCGCAGCUGCCCUUCUCCCCGCCGCUGCAGCUGCCCUGCUCCCCCGCUCUCCAGCCGUAUCUGCCUCCUGCUCCGCCGCCGCAGCUGUCGCUCACCUGCCUCCUCAAGCUCCCCCCUUCCUCAAAAAAAUCUUUGAUUUCCCAGCUACUGCCGUGCUCUGCUCCGGCUGCAUCGGAACCGCCGUCGGAGAGCCCGGAGGCGCUGGAUCCGGACCACCACCAACAACCUAGAGGCCGGCGAGCCCGACGACGACAGGAGAUGCAGCAGGCUAAACGCCGACGAGCCCGACGACAACGGCAAGCUAAAGGUCGUGGAUUUGGGAGCGUGGAAGACGACGGCGACAGCUCCACGAGCAAUACGGUCGCGGCGGGGUCUUCUUCGUUGUUUCUCUGGUGGAAAACCCGCGCCUGCGACACCGCGGCUGGGCUGUCCAGUGGGUAGCGCCUGCUAACUUGGCAGCAGCGGCGGUGGCUACAAGUUUUCUGCACUUCUGCAAAUCAUCCCCAAGUCCUACAGCCUGGGCAUUUUGUACAAGGAGUUACUUCAAAGAUUGCCAUGGAAAUUAGCUGAUCUGGCACCAGAUAUGUUGAUGACAGAGCACUGGGCAGCCACUAUCCUGUGUCCUCCUCCCCUGUUAAAUGAUUAUCUGGAAAUCAGCUGGCUUCCUGAAGAGAAGUAAAAGCCUUGAGCACAAGGAGCAGAGAAGCAACUCUGUACAAUACUGUACCUUCUUCCUCCUGAUGAUAGGAGCUCUGGUGGCAGCACAAGCAGCAGUGCAGAGGAGCAGCAGCAGUAUGGGCAAACGAGCAGCAGAAAAUGAGCAGCAGUAUGGGCAGACGAGCAGCAGCAAACGAACAACAGUAUGGGCAGAGGAGCUCCACCGGCGGCAGGGUAGAAGCAGACGCACGGGCGCGCGGGCAGGGGAGAAGGAGCAGCAGGGGCUCGCGCAGGAGAUUAAGGAGCACGCGCGGGAGAUCAAGGAGGAAGCGUGCGAGCUCCUGGUCCACCUGAUCGUUGAGGCAGGUUCCGGCAAUGCCCGUGAGGAAUUGCGGCCGGGAGGAAAUGCGACGGCGCAUGCGCGGGGCUCAAGGAGGAUGCGUGUGAGCUCGAAGAGGAUGCGCGGGAGCUCGAAGAGGACGCAUGCGAGCUCGAGGAGGACGUGCCGGGAGGUUCCGACGACGCCCGCAGGAAUGGGAAGAAGAAGUAUACCCACCUUACGCAAACGGACCGAGCGCUAUGUGAUUUCAUCAGACAUCGCUGAGUACAUCGUAUCUGAGUUUGACAACCAGAAACUGAGAUUGUUCAAGAUGGAAGACGUGAGCAUGGGCAUGUGGGUUCAGAAGUUCGACAAGACUCGCCAGCCGGUGGAGUAUUCCCACGACGUCAAGUUCUUCCAGGCCGGCUGCUUCGACGGCUACUACACCGCGCACUACUAGUCGCCGCAGCACAUGAUCUGCCUCUGGAGGAAGCUGCAGUCCGGGAGAGCUCAAUGCUGCAACGCCAGAUGACAAUGAGACUGCUUGGUAGUUGAAAAGCAGCACCCGGCUCUCUGGAGAAUCAAACAGCAAGGAUGAGUUCGAGUUUGAUCUUGAUUUGGAGGCCCUCUAGAUAGUUAGCUUGCAUAAUUCGCUCAUUCUUUUGGUCAGUGGCUGGUUAAUUUUUCAGUUGCUGACUCGGACACUAGCUAGAUGCUGUCAUCACAUGUACAUGUGUCAAUUGUUUUUGACCUAGGAACUAACAGCUCUGCUGAUCUCACUUGUAUACCGGUUGUUCUUAUAUAUACAUAAUAGAUGUUUCGAGUAAA